AUGUCUGUUCAAGUGCCUAAAGUUGUUUUGUACGUUCUAAACACUGUUUACACUGUGUUCGGGCUGGCGAUCAGCGCUGCUUCGAUAUGGUUCUUCUGUCAGGUGUUCGAGUUCACCAGGUUACGUAACAGCAAUCAUUAUCUCCUGGAUUAUUCGGUCUACUGGCCUCAAGCGGUGCCAUGGAUGUUUUUCUUCGUGGGUUUCUUUGUUCUGAUGGUAUCGGGAUGCGGAUUCGCCGGCGUCUGUCGGAAAAAUCGUGGCAUGUUGACAUUGUAUGCUGUGGCCAUGUCGUUAGUGGUGUUAUUUUGUAUAGCAGCCGCUGUGGUGGCGCUAGUGUUCGCGGAUAGCAAAUCUACUGAUGAUUUCGUCAAGGACACAGUAUGGGAUGUGUAUUUCCAGACGAAGAAUGAUAACGAGGUCGCCGAUGCUUUCGGAAUUAUCGAGAGGAAGUUGCAUUGUUGUGGAGCCGACAGCCCCAGGGAUUAUAAGAACUGGAAGAAUGAAUUCCCUAUAUCCUGCUGCGACGUGUACUAUCACGGCUGGCUGGAGCCCUACGCCAUCGACUGUGAGUUCACUAACAAGUUGGCCAAUGAAAGACACGGAUGUUCGACGGUCGCUGCUCAAUACGCCAGAAUUGCGAUCAAGGUCCUAUCGGGAGCGUCUAUUUUUACCGCAUUUAUUGCCAUAAUGGGUAUUGUGUGCGCUGUUUCUUUGUCAAAGGCACUGGAGAGAAAAACACGACCCCCGCCUGUUCAUGAGUCAGAGAGUAAGAAGGUUCUACUGUAA